GAAGGUAGAUGCUGUUUCAUUUGAACGAGGCUGCCCAGUGACAGAGCACGAUGAAUCCUUUGACCGCCUUAUAGAUUUUUAAACGGACAGAUGUUGAAUCACUGCACCGAAACCUGGAGGGACUGCUGAGAGAAAGAGACAACUACAGAGCUGGUGCUUUAUCAAUUACAAUGAAGAUCAUUUCUUUCUUGUGUUGUCUUUUAUUUGCUACAUGGACAGAAGGAGCCGACAUAAAUGUCGAGGGAUUCGAAAGGAGAGAAGUCUCAUUCCGCUGCUCACACAGCUUAGCCUGGAAAAAUGAUAAAUACUUCUGCAAGAAUCCGUGUGAGAAUGAAGACGUAUUAGCUACUGUAAAAUCUGGUAGAAAAGCAGAGUCGGGGAGGAUAACUCUGGUGGACUGGGGGCAUGGAGUCUUUGAUGUGACCUUUAGACACCUCCAGCUGUCAGACUCGGGGACGUACUGGUGUGCAGUGGACAGGCCUGGUUUUGAUACAUACAUCAAAGUAAUCUUGACUGUUAAGGAAGCUAUUGCAAAUGAGACAACUGACGUUUCUCCCACGCGGACGUAUAAGAAUAUUUCCAACUCAACACAAGUAACAUCUGGAACUGACACUGGAAGGCCUACAAACCAGCCAACAGCUAUUGCAAAUGAGACAACUGUCAUACCUGACGUUUCUCCCACGCGGACGUAUAAUAUUUCCAACUCAACACAAGUAACAUCUGGAACUGACACUGGAAGGCCUACAAACCAGUCGACAGGCACUGUGUUGUACGCUACUUUCGGGUGUGUUGCUGUGUUGGUCUGUUGGACUGUCUUGGUGCUGGCAAUGAGACUCAGGAAAUGCAGAGAAGACUCAGAGCCUCUACCACAGGUCUGCCCUAACAGCACAGUUUUAAUCUGUGCAGACGAAAGACAGUUUGACCACCCAAGGCCAGAUCCACCAGCAUCUGCACCCACAGAAGCUGAGUCUAGCGACCCCCUUCAUAUCUAUGAAAACAUCUGUUGCAGUAAAAGAGGCCCUGCAUGUUCAAGCCAUUCUGCUGCAAAUGUCCAAAACAACCGCACCAUCUCAGGGGUCUACUUCAAGCCUUUGCCGCUUGCAAUACCUGAAAGAACAGGUUAUGGUUGUCUCCAAAAAUGCACAAAUAAACCCACAGCAAUGGGAAAUUCCCCUAGCAGACCUACAGAAACUUGUAUGAGGAAUGUGUCAGCCAGUCCCUCCAAAUCCUGCAGUGAUUCAUAUGAAUCGAAGCCCAAAUCACUUUGGUUUGGUUUAAAUUUAUCGGGAACAGUCUAAGUUGAUCUCAAAGACACAAUUGAUACGAUCUGUCUGCACUGAUGAGCAGCUGAACCGUACGUCCUCCUCUGCUUGUCCAGUUAUAAGCAACAUCUGUCUUUGACUUAAACCUACUGGACUAACACUGCUAUUGCACAUAUACUGUCUUACAAAUGCAGAGAACCGUGAUUACGGGAACAGUGAAGUUGAGAAAAAAGGAUUUGAACUUUGAAGGCUCUCAGCUAAAAUGUAAAUUGUGAAACGUAAACUUAAUGCCUUUUCAGUCUGAUUAUUAAUCGUUGUCACAGACUCAGUGUAAAACAUACAUUUAGAUAGAGAGCCAUCUAAAAGACAGAAUAAACACAGUAUCAACAAAUAAAAUAGGUUCUUGUUUCUUCUUCAGUUUUUUUGUUCUUUUGAACAAGCUACUUUAAUAAAUUAGUCUUUAAUUAAAUAGAUUUAAAUGUGUGAUUUAGGCUAGUUACCUUUAUGCAAAUUAUUUUUUCUGGUAUUUCCUUAGUUAUGAUUAGAUUGAGCUAUUGCUAUAAUUGUGAAGUAUCACUAACUCAGUUACUAAUAUGUAAUUACAGUAAACUAGAAUUAGCUUCAGCUAAGUUUAAGUUUAUUACUUUAUUGAUCUCUCAAGCUGGGGAACUUUAUCUCUGCAGAUUUAUCUCUGGUGCCCCGUAUUCAUCUUUAUUUUUAGACAACCUUGACUAGCCUUUGUUUCCUAUUUCUCGCUAGUGUGUCUAAAUCACACUCAGUGUCUAUUUGAGCACAAAGAUGUGGUCCACACAUGGUCACUCAAGUGUGAAAAACCAUUUUAGGGUUAGCACUUGGCUUUUGGCUAAAGUUAGGCUAAGCGUUGAGAUAAGGUUGUGGUUAAGGUUGCGUCUUCAGUGGAUGAAUGCCAGUCAAUGAAAUGUCCUCCAGUGACAAAACCAAGCGUGUGUGUGUGUUUGUAAAUGACUGUUUGUGGCUGAUUGUGUCAGGAUGCAUAUAUUUUAAUGUGUGUUUGCAGUUCAUAGAAACAUGUCAGAAUGAAUAAGGGGCCCUUAAUCAGUCAGUGGCAGCAAUUAAACAUGUCUGCACACUGAAAUGCACAUACAUGCAUUGCUGGGCUGAUACAGAUUCAGACUUUGGUGACUCCUUGUGGUCAUAUCAAUAAACACACAGAAGCACUGUACAUAGAUGUUACUCACCAAAUAAGGAUUUCCUGCACAUUACUGUAAAACUGUGAAAAUAAUGUAUUCUGUUUAACAUGGGGCAGCACCACAUUGAUAUCUAAUUCAAAAUGAAGUGAAAAGAAAGGAUGUUUAGGGAUUACUUGCUUUGAUAAUGUAUCAAAAGACAUACUUCUUGAAUUUUCAACUGACAGAUGUGGAAAAUAGAGACUAAAAGAAUAAACAAAGAAGUUGACUUCCUGAUUCUAUUUUGUUUCAGUCUUUCGCAACAUAUUUGUGUUGUGGCAUCAGUCCCAGUCCAGUUCCUAUUAAAUAUCACUCUUAAAGUGCUUGUGUUGGAAUGUAUGUGUUGUUAUAUGGAUCAGGUGUUUAUUUAAUAAUUGAUGUUAAGAUACAGAUGACGACAGUUACAUUUU